AUGACCAGCUUUUCUCUUCCACGCCACUCUUCCUGUCGAAGCAUUGACCCACUAGGCCUAUGCGAGGAUGUCGUGGACCCAGGGGACGGGACUUUACCACAUGCGAAUCUGAUAGAAGUUCUACUCAAGCAAGCCGAUGCUGAGCUGCGAGACGUCGAGGCUCUCCCAUCGUUCAGCCGUCCCACAUGGACGACUAUCUUUUCUGGUCUGGUCGAAGACAUUGCGUAUGGAUUACAUCUGGAUUCCUCGCUACAGACUGGAGGUCUGGAGAUAGUGUUAAAAAUCGAGGCUUUAGCAGACGCAGAGUUGAGCAAGUUCAGGAAGUCAUUGAUCAGCAGCGCUAUGUCGUUGGAGGUGGCCUUUCCGACUCGAAGACUACAACAGCUUUGCGACGAGGAUCAGUCCAUAUCGCUGCGAGCGGAUCAGUUCGACUGUCUGCUUGCUUAUUUACUACUUGGAACAAUACACAUGCCUUCUGGCAAUACCUGGGGCCGUCCUGGCUACACACAGCUGUUCGGUGGCAGCGAAGCGACUGCAGAGACGAGCCAGGCGUAUCUGCUUACCAUCAUGCAGCACUUUUCCAUCGAAGGCUACAGUUCCACUUUGUCCUCUGAUCAUCACUUCACGUUCCAAUUGUCAAGUGGGAUGCAGAUGCCAGAAUUGUCCAUAUCGAAUAUACCGGCCGUUGCUAUGCCUGUGACCGUGCUAGGCCCAGGUCCGGGAGGCACACAAGAAGAACGCCUUGUAGGACAAUCGCCAGCCUUGGCGUUAGCAAGUCUCCUUACACCAGAACUCUCACCUCACGCUGCCGUCAUAACAUCAUCAGUCACAGUCCAUUCUCAUUGGGAGGGUCAUGGUAGAGAUGCUCGCAUGGUCCAGCUAUAUCAUACCGCGGCUCGGCCAUGUCGCCGUUACAUCAUCGCAGAUGCACUGGAACUUGACGGCGAGGACAUCAUCAGUGAGACCAGCCCGAGGCGCAUCGAGCGGGAAGUCAGGACGCUCUACGCGGCAUUAUCAGGGGCAAAAGCCUGCUCGCUGAGCGAAGGUUGGCCACUCGAAGAUCUUCGAAUCGAGAUGCCGCCCUGGGGGUGCGAUGCCUUUGGUGCGACGUUAAGCGUCAAAGCUCAGUGUAUGAUGAUGGCUGCAGGACUCGCUGGUUUGGAGUCUCAGAACCUGGAACUCCUGGUGCCGCAAGAUCGUGAACACGAGCUGGUGAACAUUCCUCGAGGUAGAAUCACUAUCAGUCAUUUGUUCAGCAGGCUGGCGGUAGCCAUUUGA